CUAAUGAUUGACUAGCACCGUUUUACCAGUGGAAUGAGUCUCAGAAGUGGACAUGGUGCCUUCAGAGCCAACAUGUAACAGGUGGAUGCGACUCCAUGUUGAUCCCUGUUUCAGACCAACACCGUUUUGAUUGUGCGGGUCUUUGUCUCUUCAACUUUGAAUUCCAAUACUAAUAUUGGCAAAUCCAAUAAGAGGAGUUCAUGUAGUUCUUGCCCAAGCUUGAGUCACCAUGAGUAGUUUAGGAAAAGAAAAAGACUCUAAAGAGAAAGAUCCCAAAGUGCCAUCAGCUAAAGAAAGAGAAAAGGAGGCGAAAGCUUCUGGGGGUUUUGGGAAAGAGAGCAAAGAAAAAGAAGCUAAGACCAAAGGGAGAGAUGCCAAAGACGGUAAGAAGGACUCCAGUGCCGCCCCACCAGGGGUGGCUUUUUCAGUUGACAACACCAUCAAACGGCCCAAUCCAGCACCUGGGACUCGGAAAAAAUCCAGCAAUGCAGAGGUGAUCAAAGAGCUCAACAAAUGCCGGGAAGAGAACUCAAUGCAUUUGGACUUAUCCAAGAGGUCUAUACACGUAUUGCCAUCAUCAAUCAAAGAGUUGACUCAAUUAACAGAACUUUAUUUAUACAGUAACAAACUGCAGUGUCUCCCAGCAGAGGUGGGCUGUCUAGUCAAUCUUGUGACGCUGGCUUUAAGUGAAAAUUCACUUACGAGUUUGCCUGACUCUCUUGAUAACUUGAAGCUGCGGAUGUUGGAUUUACGGCAUAACAAAUUAAGAGAAAUUCCUUCAGUGGUGUACAGGUUAGAUUCGCUCACCACUCUUUUCCUACGCUUUAAUCGUAUAACUACUGUGGAAAAGGACAUCAAGAAUUUAUCAAAACUCACUAUGCUUAGUAUUCGAGAGAACAAGAUCAAACAACUACCUGCUGAAAUUGGUGAAUUAUGUAACCUCAUUACGCUGGAUGUAGCUCACAAUCAACUUGAACAUCUUCCAAAGGAGAUUGGAAACUGCAUGCAGAUAAACAACCUUGAUUUGCAGCACAAUGAACUGCUAGACCUCCCAGAUACUAUAGGAAACCUGUCCAGUUUAAGUCGUCUUGGUCUGAGAUAUAACAGGCUGUCAGCAAUACCCAGAUCAUUGGCAAAAUGUAGUGCCCUCGAAGAAUUAAAUUUAGAGAACAAUAACAUUUCUACGUUACCAGAGACUCUUUUAUCAAGUCUUGUGAAACUGAAUAGUUUGACCCUAGCCAGAAAUUGCUUUCAGUUAUAUCCAAUGGGUGGCCCCUCUCAAUUUUCCACCAUUUAUUCUCUUAACAUGGAACACAAUCGCAUCAAUAAAAUCCCAUUUGGAAUUUUCUCAAGAGCAAAAGUAUUAAGUAAGCUGAAUAUGAAGGACAAUCAAUUGACGUCUCUUCCCUUGGAUUUUGGAACUUGGACCAGCAUGGUAGAAUUGAAUUUAGCCACCAAUCAGCUGACAAAAGUCCCUGAGGAUGUGUCUGGUCUUGUUUCUCUUGAGGUUUUAAUAUUAUCAAACAAUCUUCUGAAGAAGCUUCCCCAUGGUCUGGGAAACCUUAGGAAGUUAAGAGAGUUGGAUUUAGAGGAGAACAAACUGGAAUCCUUGCCCAAUGAAAUUGCUUAUCUUAAGGAUUUACAGAAAUUAGUCUUGACAAACAACCAGUUGGCCACUCUUCCUAGGGGCAUUGGUCACCUUACCAGUCUCACGCAUCUAGGCCUUGGAGAGAAUCUACUUACUCAUCUUCCUGAGGAAAUUGGUACACUGGAGAACCUAGAAGAACUGUAUUUGAAUGACAACCCUAACCUGCACAGCCUUCCCUUUGAGCUGGCCCUCUGCAGCAAGCUUUCAAUCAUGAGCAUUGAGAACUGUCCACUCAGUCACCUUCCACCGCAGAUUGUUGCUGGGGGGCCUUCUUUCAUCAUCCAGUUCCUAAAGAUGCAGGGUCCAUAUCGUGCCAUGGUCUGAUAUAAAUCCCCUGGUCCCACACACUGUUCAAAAAUAGACUGCCAUUAAUGUUUCAUAUCUUUAUCUGUAUCUAUUUAUGUAGAUAAUGAUAUAUAUGGCAGAUUUAUAAAGACUGCAUUAUGUGUUUCUGCUAAUAGAGGAAUCAUAGCCAUUUAGAUUUUUUUUUAAAUUCUGUACAGAAGCUUAUAUAAGUUUUCUUUGCUGAACUUGAUGGAUGUUUUUUCUCGUGUAAUCUGAUAUGCCAGUUUGCUUAAAACAUUUGCCAACAAAUUUAUGAAGUUAUUAAAUGUAAGGAGCAGAGGUAGUAUAGCUAGUAUAGCUAGAUAUACUUUCUCUUGGGAAAAAUGAUGGGAAUUUUGUUGCAACUUUUCAUAUACACUUUCCCCUUCCCAAUUGUCAUAUCUUUAUAGUAUUAGAGACCCGGAGGUAGAAUUUUUCUUUAACUUAUUUUGAGGUUUGAGAUUUAAAUUUUAUAUAUUGUUUACAGUCAGAGUAAAUCACUGGAUUAUUUUUUUUUGUUAUGUUUUGAUUUGCUCUGUUUUAAUCAAUCAAGUCUAGAACUUAUAUCCUGCUGAUGAAUUAGAAUCAGCUGGUUUAAAUAUCAAAAGCUAUUUUCUUGGGGGAAACAGCUGGCAAAGUGAAAAGAUGCAGUUAACAAUUCCAGAAUUCCUUCCAUUGAUGAGUUGUGAGGCAGAAAUCUCUGAAGUGAUUUUUGGGUACGGGGAGGGAUGGGUACUAAGACCAUUUCUAGUAUAAAUGACUUUUUCUUAAGUUUAGGGGAACAAAAACUUCUAGUGAGAAGUUUUCAUUUCUGGAAAUUGCAGAUCCACAUAAACUAACAAUUUGAGGGUGAAAAAUCACAUUCUAUAUAUGUAUAUACAAUGCUAUAUAGAUAUGUAUUUAUUAUAUCAUAAACUACAAUAGGUAACUUUUAAGGAUUUCUCCCUAUCCUUGUACAAUGAAAUGAAUGUUUUUCUUUAAACACUGCAAUAUAUGUACGUUUCAAGGUUAUUUAACAGUGUACUAUGGUUUUAUAUCUUGACUUGCCUUGUACAUCUUUCAAUUUUGGAAUAUCUGCGUCUAAGCACAAUAUCUUCCCACUGUGCUGUAUUGCUGCUGAUCUAAAUGCACUUUUCCCCACAUGUGGGGCACUGGCUUCAAACAAUUCAGUUCAGUACCAUUCAUUUUCGUCUCAUCUUUGCUUUCUUGGUAGUUGUUAUUAGAGUUAUUGAAAAGAGGCACAGUGCACAGAAGCCUUGUCGGUAGUCCGUGGAUGCUGUCAGAUGUGAUGUGCAUGUGCUAUUUGGUGUAUUUUCUUUUGCUUUACUGCUUUUAAAGGCCAGCAGUAUUGUAAGUGUGCGCCCCUUAUACAGUACUCUGAUUUUUGAUAGUAUUGGUCUAAGUCAGUUUAAUCAUUGAAGAGGCUCAAAGAACAAGUACAUUCUAGACAUCAUCAUGCUAAAAAAGAUUUCCCUAUAAUGAAUAACGAUUAAGCAUAAUUAUGUACUGCUGCUUUUUUUUUUUUGCCAAUCAAAUGGGCAUUGUGUUUUAAACAAAAGAUUUUUAAAUUAGGGCUAUAAAAUAUUAAGAUACAAAUUUGGAGUGUUGUUUUUAUUUUCCCUUUGCAUAAAAAUUCAGAACUAGGUUUUCAGAUGAACCGAUCUUCUUAAUUGGAGUUUUAUAAGAAGCAAUGUAGAAAUGGAAGGCAGGUAAAGAUAUAAAAUCCUAGAAUGCUUAAAUGUGCUGUAAAACUAUUGUAGAUGUCACUGGAUUUUACCAAGUAAUAUCCUUCCUUCUUUUUCCCAUCUACUGUGGCUUUUCAGUUAAGAUUUUGUUUAUAAAAGAAAUUCGUUUAUUACAGCUCUACCUAGA